CUAGGCUACCAACCAUGGGCAUUCUCCAUUUUGUCAAUUUGUUUAACGUCGCCCGUAGGCGGAUGGUUGUCGGUAAUCGUCGGAAAACGUCGUAACUGUUCAGUCUCCUUAGUCCUGUCGCGCAUAUCGCGCGGUGCAAGUUCGGUGCCUUACAUGAUGGGAAGAUCACGCAGCAGAAGCAGGAGUCGUUCUCCAAAGCUCGCGAGGCAUAAAAACAAGCGCCCGCGAAGGCGCUCGCACUCUAGAGGACGGAGCCGCGACAGCGUCAGCAAAGCAGUGCCUAAAUUCAACGACCGCAAACCAAGGAAGCGGUCAUCGUCGAUCUCCAGCAGCAGCAGCGACGACAUCGACGGCCUUUUGGACUCUGCAAGGCGCAAAGUGAAAAGGUCGUCGGAAGGCGACAGGGCAUCAUCAGACUUCGAGCGCCAAAGGCGACAGCGUGAUGCAGACCAUUCCAAGAGAUCUGAGGAAGAAAUGCAACGCCGGAUCGAAGAGGCAGUGACCGUUCGCGUGGCUGAAGAAAUGGAGCGGCGCCGAGAGGCCAUGGAGACGGAGGUGCGACGUCGUGUCGAAGAGGCCCGACACAACAUGGAGAAGCAGCUGCUCCAAGAGGUGGAGCAACGCCGAGCUCAGAUGGUCGCCGACCAGCAGAAGCGGGAGGAGGAGGAGAGAAGACGACUUCAAGAACUUGAGCAAACUCUGGCAGAAAAAAGCAAGCAGUUGGAGGAAGCGCAGCGAAGCUUGGCGGAAGAGCGGCUGGCAAUGGUCGAUGAGCGCCGGCAAAUUGAUGAGGCCCGCAGGCAGUUGGAGCUGGAGCAGGAAAAGAAAAUGCGCCUGGACCAGCAGGUCAUCCUGAACAAGGGACGCGUGCGACCCAAGCUCUCCUUCUCACUGAAGCCUACGGUCUAAAGUGGAACCGAUGCCUUCCCGGUGUGCGCGUGUGCGGUCUUCCUGCCCCUUGCUGCAGCAUGGUGUGGAACAUGUCAUCAGGCAUGGCCGUUCUCACAGCCACCUCGAACGUUUCGUUUGGACACUGGCCUUGAACUGCACACAAGUCAAUCAUGCUUUCUGCUCCUGCCUUGUGUAGUGGACAUAUUAUGGGCAGUCACUGGGCAGUGUUUACAAAAGCUGACUGCCUCUAUGUGCAACAGUAGCAGUUUCCUACAGAAAUUGUGUCGCGUGAAAAUGGUGAGAAUGGUUAAAUACCUUAGAGAACUAAAUUUAUUGCUUAGUGAUUCGGCAUGAUAGACAAGCUGCAGCAUUGUACCAUCGCACUGGUGCAGAUAUUAUGUAGCGCUUUAGUUUGGUGUUGCGGGAGAGGCAAAAUUCUCGAAAAGUUGUUAAAGCGGCCACUUCUGCUGUGCUCAUUCAAUUCUUGAACCAGUGCAAGAAGCUUCCAGUUUUCUUGCAUGCCACAGGUGGGUAUAGCAGCCCUUCUUUCUUGCCAUCAAUUCUUUCUAAAUAUCGCCCUGUACUCUUGCCACUUUCAGUGCCAAUUGGUAUUGUGACCCAUCAUGAGGUCGUCUUGCACACAUUUUAGAGUGUCGCACCAAAUAAGCAGUAUACUCGAGUUUUGUUUUGCCUUUUGGUAAUCUCGGCCGUCAUUAAGCAGCAGGUAUGUCCUCGAAAAAAACCAACAAAAACAAAAUUCUUUUGAAAAGUGAGUGCACCUGUUGCACGAGCUUAAGCUCUGAACGUUGUAGUGAUCCUGCUUGCAUGGAAGCAGUGCACAUAGAGCGUAUUUGUACAUAGCACCAAUUGUAAAUACAACUUUCCAUUCUUUUUCGUUCGAAGUUUUCAUACAUAAGCGUUUUGCUGAACCUGUACAAAAGUUGACAACGCUUUUGACAGAGUGUGAAGUCAUGUGACGGAUUUGCAUUGCGAAACAAACCAGGUUUUCCAAAAGCUG